AUAUGACAAAUGGAUCUCUUUAGCAGAAGUGACAUUGACUUCGAUUCAUGUUUUUAAUAGACGACGUGCAGGAGAAAUCGAACGAGCAUACAUAGAAGAUUUUGAAAAUUAUGAAAAAGUAAAUAAAAAUAUGUACAGUGACAUAUACAAGUCAUUAUCCGUAGAAGACAGAAAAAUUGCUGAGAGAUAUGUCCGAUUUUGUAUCAGAGGGAAGUUGGGACGUACAGUGCCCGUACUAUUGUCAAACGAUCUCCUUGACUGUAUUAUUUUAAUAUUAAAAUAUCGCCAGGAAGCUAAAGUACCAAAAAAGAAUCCAUAUAUUUUUGGACUACCUUCUAUCAACAAAAAUAGAUACCGAUAUUUAAGGGCUUGUAUCUUAAUGCGCAAAUUUGCAAGAGACUGCAAUGCAAGCCAGUCAACAACUUUACGCGGAACAACAUUACGAAAACAUAUAGCUACACAUUGCAUUCAACUCAAUCUCAAUGACAUUGAUGUUUCGGAUCUAGCCAACUUUAUGGGCCAUGCUGAUAAAAUCCAUAGAGAACACUAUCGACAGCCACAGGCAAGUAGAGAUAUACUCAAAAUCUCUCAAUAUUUAGAAGCUGUGCAAGGAGAUGAACAGGAUGCGAGUAAUGAUUCUGCAUCGGACAACGAGUCUGAAAAGGAAAAUAACUCAAGAGAUAAGAUUAAUAUUAAUACCAGUGAUGAAGCAGAUAUGCCAUUGAGUAACACCCAAAAUGAUUCCAAAAUAUGUCAAAACCAAGUUGAUAAACAAGGUGGAAAACGGAAACGUAGUACAUCUCCUUAUGGAAAAACAAAAAGGCUGCGAUGGACAGACGACGAAAAAGAAGCAGUGCUUCAAGCGUUUGCGCAAAAUAUGGCAAAUCAUACAUUGCCGUCUCUAAAAGAAAUUCAGGAGACGAGGAAAAACUAUCCUUGUCUUGCAAAUCGUACAUCGCCGCAAAUUAAGACGUGGUUGCAUAAUAAGCAAAAAUCUUUGCCAAAAUUAUAAAAACACGAUAUUAUUUUUGUUUUACCAUUUGCGAUAAAAAUAUUUUAUAGUAUCUGCUUCACUUUCUUUAAGGAAGAUUGCAUGUAGCAAUAUGUCAUUAAGUUGCUUCCAUCAAUUUGUUUUAAUCUUUUUUUUCUUGCUAAAAAGUUUAAUUUUCUAACAUCAGCAUGUAGCGUUCUCAUACAAUUGGCCAAAAAGUAAGAUUUGCAAGGAAUACAUAUGCGUAAGG